CUCCGAACCUCCCAGGUCCUUCCCUUACCUUCCUGUGUCCCACCCCCCCAUGUGCCAUCCCCAACCCUCUCAUGUUCCCCCCUAUUUCCCCCUAUCUCCUCCCAUAUCUCUCUCUGUCCCCCCGCCAUGUUCUCCCUUGACCACCCCAUGUCCCCCCAGGUCACCCCCGGUUCUUCAACCAGCUUUUCUCAGGGCUGGACCACCACGCCCUGGCUGGGCGGUUCCUCACCGAGACCCUCAACACGAGCCCAUACACAUAUGAGGUGGCCCCAGUGCUGGUGCUGAUGGAGGAGCAGGUCCUGUCCAAGCUCCGAGAACUCGUGGGGUGGAGCAGCGGUGAUGGGAUCUUUGCUCCUGGGGGCUCUAUGUCCAACAUGUUGGCCAUGAACGUGGCGCGAUUCCAGCGUUUCCCAGAGAGCCGGAGCAGAGGGAACUGGGACCUGCCUCGCUUGGGCCUGUUUGCAUCCCAGGAGAGCCAUUAUUCCAUCCUAAAAGGAGCUGCUCUCCUGGGAAUUGGCACAGACAAUGUUCACCUGGUGCGGACAGAUGAGAGGGGCAAGAUGAUCCCAGAAGAGCUGGAGAAGGAGAUCCAGAGGGUGAAAGCUGAGGGGUCAGAGCCCCUCUUCGUGUGUGCCACAAGUGGCACCACUGUCCUGGGUACCUUCGAUCCGCUGGACGCCAUCGCUGACAUCUGUGCCCGCCACGGGCUGUGGCUGCAUGUGGAUGCAGCAUGGGGGGGCAGUGCCCUCCUCUCCCCCCAACUCCGUCACCUUCUUGCUGGCAUCCACAGAGCCGACUCAGUGACCUGGAACCCCCACAAGCUGUUGAUGGUGGGAUUGCAGUGCUCAGCAUUCCUGCUCCGUGACAGCUCUGGGCUCCUGCAGCGCUGCCACGGUGUGGGGGCCUCGUACCUGUUCCAGCGGGACAAGUUCUAUGACGUGUCCCUGGAUACAGGGGACAAGAGCCCCCAGUGUGGCCGCCGCGCCGACGGCCUCAAGCUCUGGAUCCUCUGGAAAGCCGUGGGAACCCGGGGACUGGGACAGCGUGUGGAGCGGGCAUUUGCUGCUACUCGGUAUCUGUUGGAGCAGGUGAAGAGGAGGGAGGGAUUCCAGCUGGUGACAGAGCCGGAAUUCAUCAACCUCUGCUUCUGGUUCAUCCCACCCAGCCUGCGGGGCCAGGAAAGCUCUCCGGAAUUCUGGGACAAACUGGGAAAGGUGGCCCCAGCCAUCAAGGAAAAGAUGAUCCGGAGGGGCUCCAUGAUGGUGGGAUACCAACCUCAUGGAUCCCGGGUCAACUUUUUCCGACAAAUUAUCACCAAUCCUGCUGUCACCCGCCAGGACCUGGACUUCUUCCUGGAUGAGAUCCAGGAAUUGGGAUGGGAUCUGUGAGCACUCCCAAAACCCCCUAUGAAAGACCCCCAAACCUGCCCACCAUCCCUGAGGAAGAGGGGAGCAGAGUCUUGAUUACCUCCCCAUAUCCCAAAAUGGAAAUGUCCCCAAAAUUCCACACUUAUGGAAUAAAACAGCAUUUUAUAGUCCUGAUCUGAUAAUAAUUUAACUCCCUGACCCAAAAUGGGGUUUGGGGUGUGGGGGGGGUCCCUCAAUUCCCCUGGAAGCUCCGGAGGAGGUUGUGGAUUCUGGAAUCAGGAUAUUGUGGCCUUGUGACUCUCUUAAAAUUCCCGUGACUUCUUGAAGCUGCAGAGGUUGGAAUUUGUAUGGAAGGGGAUCUGUCAGCACCUGGAAAACUCUUGGGAAAGUACUGCAAAACUUGCUGCCUCCAUCCCUGAGGAAGUGGAGCACAGCCUAGACUUCCUUCUGGAAUUUUUAAAUCAGGAAUAAAUCAGCACUUGAUCCCAAACUUCCACAUUCAUGGAAUAAAACAGCAUUUAAUGGUC